AUGUAUCGCACUACCCGACAUGAUGCUUCCGAGCCCACUCACGAGCUGGAAACAAGGUCUAAUGGGAGUGAUAAUUUCCCCGAUCAUCGGGUUAAUGGGGUCAGUCAGGUCUCUCAGGAAUCCUCCGAAGGUGGAAGAGAGGCAUGGAUGUGCCUGUUGGGAUCCUUUCUGAUGAUGUUCCCAUCAUUUGGUUUUCAAACGGCAGUUGGCUCCGUCCAGGACUAUAUCAGCACAAACCAGCUUGCUGAUUACACUGUGCGCGACGUUGGCUGGAUCACCGCUAUCCUUGUGUUCCUGACUUUAUUUCUCGGGGUCCAGGUUGGACCGCUGUUCGAUCGAUAUGGACCCCGAAUCUUGUUAAUUUGUGGAUCUGCAGCCAGUUUUACUUCCUAUAUGCUACUCGCUGAAUGCACAAAGUAUUGGCAUUUCCUUCUAUGCCUGUCGAUUCUUGGGGGAGUCGCUUCGGCCAUCAUCACAACUGUGUCAAUUGCCGUUCUCAGCCACUGGUUUCACCGCCGACGCGCUCUGGCGUCUGGCAUCUGUAUGGGGGGAUCCUCGGCCGGGGGUGCUACUAUACCACUACUACUACGGUCACUUUUCUCACAGUAUGGGUGGAAAUGGUCUAUUCGGGCGAUCGCCUUUAUGGCUUUGGGAUGCUAUGCGGUGGGGAUAGUACUGGUGAAAGGCCGACUACCCCCUGGCAAUAGGAGCAAAGCGACAAUUGACUUGCGGGCGUUCCGAUCCCCUCGGCUCUGUUUUUUGACCAUGGCCAUCUUCGCCUUUGAAUUCAUUAUCUUUGGCUGUGCCGCACUGUUGCCGACUUACGUGCGCUUUGCUGGGCUUUCAUCGGAUGUGCAGUUCUUUUCCCUUACGGUCUUGAACAGUAUGAGCUUGCUUGGGAGAGUCCUUCCCGGGUUUGCGGCCGACCAAGUCGGACGUUUCAACACCUUGUUAUUUUUAGUGAUACUCACCCUGCUAAUCAUGGCAGCGGUAUGGCUCCCCGUUGGCUCCCGGGACGAAUUAACGCUCUACAUCGUGGUGGCCAUCUUCGGGUUUGGCUCUGGCGGAUGGCUCUCCCUCGCGCCCGUCUGUGCUGGCCAGCUUUGCAGGACCGAAGAGUAUGGUCGAUUCUACGGAACUGUUUACUUUGUGGCUUCAUUUGGGGUUUUAUCGACAGUCCCGGUUGGGGGUGAUUUACUUCAAUCAACGACGCCUCAGGUUCUCAUUGGCUUUUAUUCGGCAGUCCUUCUGGUCGGACUUAUCGGUCUAUCGUUGUCUCGAUGGGCAAUGCUAGACUGGAAGUGGAAGUGGAAGGUCAAAGUGUAGAUCAGGCCUCUACCUUGACUUUUUCAAAGUACAGUUUUGCAUUCUAUGAGGAUUGUAUUGCUGUUUUCACUUUUGACACAGCUUGAGAUUAGUCUUGGUAAAGAAGGCCUUUUCUUUUACAUCUUGGUGAU